AUCAUGUGCAUACCUAUGGAUACAAUCAGGACAAAGAUGGUUGCUCCUGGUGGUGAAGCUUUAGGUGGGGUCAUUGGUGUUGCCCGCCACAUGAUCCAAACUGAAGGAUUCUUCUCGCUGUAUAAGGGAUUGGUGCCUUCUCUUAUCAGCAUGGCACCCUCUGGCGCUGUAUUCUAUGGAGUGUAUGACAUACUGAAGAUGGCUUAUCUGCAUUCUCCUGAAGGAAAGAAAAGGGUAUCGAUGAUGAAGCAACAAAAACAAGAGACAAAUGCAUUGGAUCAACUUGAACUGGGUACUGUGAGGACUUUACUCUAUGGGGCCAUUGCAGGUUGCUGUGCUGAAGCUGCUACAUACCCAUUUGAAGUGGUCCGUAGGCAGCUACAGAUGCAAGUAAAAGCAACCAGAAUGAAUGCGCUUGCAACAUGCCUUAAGAUUGUCGACCAAGGUGGGGUACCAGCACUGUAUGUCGGUCUAAUCCCCAGUUUGUUACAGGUAUGUAUUCUUUCAGCAGAGAACCUACUUCCACAUAUAUGUCAAUGGUGAUCCAACACACAUAGCAGGGACAAACACCGACAUCGAAGGGAGAAAUGGAUGAACAGCUGCACAGAGCCUUGGAAGGAAU